AUGGGAGAAGCACAGUUAUUAAGCUGGAUAGUGAAAGGAUGUUGUACAUCUAACCUUAUUAAUAAAGAGGUUAGUUUUCGUAAUAAGGAGGUUAGUUUUUAUGCCUUCAGAAUUCAGGCCUACAGCACAUUCGACGACCCAGUUCCCAGGAAGCUAUUGGUUUGCUUCAAACUUGGCGCACAGGAAGAAAGAAUGUUUCUAUCAGAGAGUAUUAUCAAUGUAGCUUCUUCUUCAGAGAUUCUGCUCUAA